GCCAACGAUGCAGACGCGUCCGCUCCGGCAAAACUCAACUCGUAUUUAACUGUAACUGCAAACUGUAACUGUAACUGUAUCUAGUGCACAGUGGUGCCAAAGUCAAAGUUUUCGGUGUGUGUCAGUUGUCUAAAGUGCGUGUGCUUCCUGAUCCCGAGCAUUGCAGCUCGUUUGUUUUCUAUUGCUGUUGUUAAUAAGUUGUUGUAGUACCUUCAACUGGAAGAUACAUACAAUAACCUCAAGUAUAUACAAAAAGAAAAUAAUAAAAAUAACAGCUAGUGAAAUUUUUUGUUAAACGCGUUCAUUGCACCGCUCAUUGGCUCAACGGAUUUCUCGACGUCCCCUUCCCCGCCCGUCGCGCCGUCUGACGCGCCCCUCGAUCGUCGUUCGCCGUCGACUGCUAAUUCCGCAAAUUAAACAAAAUUAAAACAUUAAUUGAGCCAAAGCGGUGAAAGAGAGAAAUAGCAUCAGCCGCUGCCCACUUGCAACAAUUUAAGCUGUGUAGCGUUUCCCAAAAUAAACUCAGAAGAGGAGGCAGUAAAAAGCGGCAGAUAUCUGUUUCAUAUAUUGUUGUUGCUGCUGUUUAUGGCAUUUCGGCUAUGACGCGAAGCAUGCAACUAUUCGCCAUUAGGCUGGGACUCGUCCUCUUGGCCACAUCCAGCUAUGCGCAAACACAACAGGAAUCUAACUCGAAAUGGUCACGGCAACUGGAGUCUGUGGGUCCCUCCGAUACGGAUUCCCUCGACUGGGUGCCACUCGCUCAGCCGCUAGAUGAGAGUGGCAAGGACCGUUCCGGCAAUGGACGUGUGCUCACCUAUUCGCAAUCCUUUCCGCCCAGCGCACGUUUCGGGGAUCUGACCAAGCCAACUGGCUCACAGUUCGACUUCCCUUAUCAGUUCCAACGCUACCCUAACGCAGCCGGUGCCCAAGCAUUGCCACUACGUCAUCAGGGACCACCACCACCGCAACUGAAGGCAACCGCCUCACAGGAGCCCACCUCACAGUCGUUCUUCAAGUUCGAGAUGCCCUUCCAUAAUGAGGCUGGACAGCCACAGUCUCCGCCCACGCUGCAGACUGGCUAUCAGAUUCAACACUCCUUUGGCUCUGGUGGUACCACUGGCUUGAGUGCUCCCUCCUCGAUCUUUAGCCCUCCCUCGUUGUUCGGUCAGCAGCCACAGCAGUUCUCGGAUUUCGCAGCGCUGCCGCAAAAACCCUUCGCCCAGGCCUUAAGCAAACCUCUGCAUCAGCAGAACUACGUUCAGGACUCGCUGCCUGUUAAGUCACAUGGCAAACCGUUGCCCACCCAGGCAUCGCUGCAGAGUGUCACCCCUCAAGUCUUUCCCGUCGAUCCCGAGCCAGAGACAGUGUUUGGUUUGAACAAACCCGCAUCGCAAGCUGUGGGGGCCGCCUCAACCAAUGCGGGCAACUCGCAGCAGGAAGUGCAGUUGCUCUAUGUGCCCUACGACACGCUCUACAAUCAGCAACGUCAACCACAGAGUCCAUCCUCCUCUGGCUUGGGAGCGAGCAGUAGUUUCGAUGUGAACAAGUUCAAUGUAAACGGCGGUCUGCCCGCAGUUAAUCCCUAUCAGAUCAAUCAGUUCUACACACAGGAUCCCAGUGUGGGCAACAGUUUCUUUAACGCCGGCACCACAUCACGUCCAAGCACUACAACAUCACAACCACAGCACAUUUUCCAGAGCUUUGGCCAGCCACAACCGCAAGCGCAACCGCAGUUCACAACCGCCAAACCCAAGCCAAAGGCCCAUCAACCACCUUUAGCUAUGUUCCUGCUGCGUCCCAACUCUCGACCCACUCAGUCGGAUGUGGUUGCUGCUCUGCGCAGUGCUCACAGCAUCUCUGUUAUUGAUGCACCCACCAAGCAGACACCCGAGAUCUUCGUAGGCCCCGCUGGCAUGCCGAUUCCCGAAGGUUAUGUCAAGUUCGAUCUCCCCUAUCUGUCGCAAUUGACGCACUCGCGCGACCUCAAUGAUGUUUCCUUCUUUGUGGCGCCUCUCAGCUAUCGCACACCCAAUGGCUUCAACAAAAUUCUGCUACCCGAACCUCAUGUAGGCUCCAUUGUCAUCAAUCGGGCCAAGGACAUCCAAGAGUUGGUGCAACCCCAGCAACAGCCAAGGCCUCUGCCGCAACCUGUUCGCUCUCAACGUCCUUACACUCCACCAGUGGCCAGCACACGUGAUCCAUUCGAAACCUCGACCCAAGCUCAGCGAGUGACAGCCAGUCCCACGCCCACCAGAGGCAACAAGUUUAGCUACUACUACGUGCAAGACGGCAUUCAGGAGGUCAACUCUCCCAAGCUGCCCGCCAAGCAGGAGCGCCACAAGAAGAAGCGUCCACAACACGUGCAGCAGCCCGUUGAGCAGGCUGUUUAUCGUGCGCCCGCCAAAACGCAGAAUCCUUUCGAUACACUCAACCAAAUUGGAGGCGAUGAUUUCUUCAGCACACUCAGCACCAAACCCAGCUCUACAUCGACGACUUCCACCUCUACUUCGACUACAACUACGUCAACCACCUCGACGACGGCGCCACCUCAGACCCUCUUCACCUACGGCUCUCACCCACAGGUCGAGUUCCCCAGCUCUAAUGGCCAACUGUAUCCCCAGUUCGACACCGCAUCACAGCAACAGCAACAGAUACAAGAGCAGCUGCCACGUCUCACCACUCGUCCGCCUACAUCUACCACCGAGGAGGAGCAACGGAUGAAGCAAUACUUCCGCCAGCAGGAUGCCUUCCGUCAGCGGCCACAGACCACAUCUCCACCCUUUGAGCAGGUGCAAUACACGCCAACCUCUUUGGACUUUGAUGCACCAGUGCCAACUACACAGAAAACCAAACAACGUGUGACUAUCUACACGCCGGGAGCAGUGCCUGUCACGACCUCAGAUGUGGGCUACAAUGUAGAUCCCCAAGCGCAGGCGCCACUCAAUCACCGUCCUAGCUACAACCAGAACGAGGUCAUCGACGGCCCCAAUGUAGAGUAUGAGCCCAAUCCUUAUCAUGUGCCCUCCGAGCUUCCCCCUCUGACUCCUGACAUUCCUGGACUGGUAAACAAUCUGCAGGAGAAGGAUAAGUUGCUCCCCACGACGACACCUAUCAGCGAACCAGAGACACGUCCCACACGACGCCCUGUGCUGCGCACUCGCAAACCAGUCACAUCCAAGGUUACAUCUUCUGUGUCGUAUUCGGAGUCGGAGAGCAACACCAAGCAGCCCACACACCGCAUACGUCGUCCUUAUGGCACCAGGGUCAAUUCCGCAGCGGCCACAGGCAGUGGAGACCAAGGCGAGGAGACUGUUACCACCACUCGUCGUCCAGGAACAGUACGUAAUCCUCUGUUGCGCAAUCCAAAUCGCAUACGUUACCAACCCACAACCGAGGAGCGUCAGUCACUGAAGGUGAAAACCAAGAAGCACAAGGGCAAAAAUGGCAAGCCCAAUGAAGAUCAGGACUUGGACUAUCAACGCGAUGUACUUAAGCAGAACUAUCCCGUCUUCAAGGCAGCCUCACGGCGGCCAACCAGCCCCACAGCAAUUCCCAGCUCCUACGAUGUGGGCAAUACCGAGGGGCCAGCCUCGGAGACACAGCAAGUCUACACUGUGACUCCCAGUAACAGCAUCGACAACUCCGAUCAGAAUGUGUACCCAGCCAACCUAUUGGAACCUAUGCAGAUUGCCCAGCACUAUAAUGAGUUCUCCAAGGACAACUACGGACCGGGCUAUUUCCCAAAUCAAGAGGAUCUUAAUCCCACUGAGGCAUUUGUGCGCAACGAAGUCAGUCCGAUCUUUACGACAUUAGCAACCACCACACCAUCAACCACAACGACAACUACCACAACUACAGUGAGAACAACCACAGAGGAGCCUGUCACAACAACCACACGUCGUUCUCCCUUCAUUCGCCGCAAUUAUCCAAGAGUGCGCACCACAACUACAACGGAAGCACCAUUGACCACAACGACGCCUUCAGAAGAGCGACCUUCGAUUCGUUCUCGUCUUCCCCCACGUCGCGUGGUCAAGGUGCGUCAACGCCAACGUCGACCAUCGCAUCCAGCUUCGUCAACAACCGCACCCGAGGAGGAAUCGGAGCCCGUGACCCAAAAGCAGAAUCUGCGUAAACUAAGUCGAUACAACCAGGAACAGCCCGAAAAGGAGGCAAGUGGGAAAAAUUGCCCGCAAGGAUACAUUUAAUAUAAGAUUAUUCCCUUACAGCAAACCCCACGACGCCGCUAUAAGCAACCCUUCCAGCUGGAGGGCCAGGAAUCACAAUGGUCGCCAGCAUCGGAGACGGGCAACAGCAACGUCAACACUAAUAGCAACAGCUUUAAACCUCUCAAUCCCAAAUAUUCAUCAAAAAGCGAGUCUCACAACUUUGAAAAUGAACCGGAAAUUGUUACGGCUGGUCCAACGAAUCAACCGGAAACCUACGAGUUCAACGUAGCUGCCAAUCUCGGUGGAUCGUCUGGACAGCGGACAACGCCCGCCAUUAAGGCACCCAACCUAAAACCUGAAAAAUCCUUUGCGGAAUUGUUGGAGGAGGUAAUGGGCAAGGCGCCCGAAGAACUCGCCACAGAGACGCCCACGAGCAGCACCAUCAGCCGUCUUAAUAGGCGUGGUAAAUGGAAGAAGACUCGCCUCUCAGCUGGCGCCGACAACAAUGAGAACUUUGAAACAGCCGAGUCACAGAAUCUCGGACCCCAGCUCAUCAAUUCCCUGUACUCUGCUAGCGAGAAGUCUGAGGAGGCUCAGAAGACCACAACACCACUGACGCCAACGUCAACAACAGAAGUACAGACCACUGAGGCAAUAAGUACCACAACAGCAGCUUUGACCACUCCCGAGGAAUACGAGGUGACCACCGCCACGACACCAGAUGUCACCACAGUUGCCACAACACUGGCCAUGAACGAGGACAGCGCGACACGUCGCAUGGACACGGCAGCUGAUGUGGAUGAUCUUGACACACAGCCAAGCAUCUUUUCAGAGGUACGACAGCAGCUGCACGAUCUCUUCGCUAUCGAUGAGAGCGAGGAUGAUGCGGUAACAGCUGCUUUGGCUGCGGUUGGCAAGCGGCGACAGGAAUAUACAAGUAUCAAGCGCACUAAGGCGCCAUCGACACCUGCAGAGAGCUCCACGGAAGGUCUGAGCGAGGGGCAGGCAGCAACGACGACGGCGACACCCACAGACGGCAAGGAUAAGGAUAAUUUCCACAGGGAUCUAAUGGAGCAUGUGGUCUAUGCGACGUCCACAUCCACGAAAGUCACCUCCGAGACAGAGAUUUGCUACCGCGGACGUUGCAUACGUUCCGAGGAUCUGCCCGCCAAUCACAAGCUGCACUGAGCUCCAGGCGGAGCAAUCGCCACAUUCCCCCUCCAUGUAAAUACAUAAGGGCAACGAUACAGUAAUUGGGGGCAGCAAGAAAUGGGCGAGUCGAGUGCAACGUAAGCAGCAGGAAUCUUCUCGCCAGCCCCCUAAAGUAUCGGUUUGUAAUUACUUAGCUUUAACUACAAUUAUUUUCUAAGGAGUAAGAGAACUUAGCGAGAGAUAACAGAGCAGCAGAAAGAGAAAAUUAUACAAAUACAAAUACAACAUACAUAUAAUACUUAAAUAUUAUAUUGAACAUUCGAAUCUUUCGAAAUUAUAGUAAAUAUAUUAGAUAAAAUAGUAAACAGCAUAGUUUAGAAUUAAAUUAAUAAAUAAUACCGCAUAGUAAGCCUAAGAUUUGUACAAUAUAACAACGACAACUAACAAAUAAAUAAAGAAUCGAAA